AUUUUGUUAGAUUUUUUCUCAACAUUUUGUUAUAACUUAAGAUAAAAUUUAAAUUUACAGUUAAAAUUGAUUUAUUAUUAAUAUCUUUAUAUAUUUAAUAGAUUAAUGUAAAUAAUUAAAUAAAUGUAAUUAAUGAAAUGAAUCUAAUAAGGCUAGUAUGACUUUUUUUAUGGUAGAUAAAAAUGAUACUUCUCUUUUAAUAGAGAAGAUAUUAACUAAUUUCCAUAGAUAUCAAGAUUCACAAAUAUACUGCAAAUAUACAUAUUCCCAAACUUCACUUAUAUAACUUUACCAUUAUAGAAUCGUUUAAACCAAACAGAGUUGAACAUCCAUGGCAUCACCAUCACAUAGAUAUUUUGCCAUCUUAGCUCUUUUCGCAGUCUCCCUCAAGUUUUCUUAUAGCCAAAAUGUCACAAUAGAGGACAAUGGCUGGGGUUACGCCGGUGUUACUUGGUACGGUGAAGCUGGCGGCGCCGGUAGCACCGGUACGUAUUACUAUAUAUUAUUUCUAUACUUUAACAGUAUAUAUAUAUAUAUAUGUAUGUUAUUUUUCUUUUUUGAAUAAUUUGAUUAUGUUACUUUACUUUCGGAUAGGAGGAGCUUGUGGAUAUGGUUUUGCAGUUGCCAAUCCACCGUUUUACGGGAUGGUUUCAGCUGGAGGUCCUUCCCUGUUCAACAAUGGAAAAGGAUGUGGAACAUGUUACCAGGUUGUGUGCUUAGAGAAUCCAGCGUGUUCGAUGAGACCAAUAAGGGUGACGAUAACAGACGAGUGUCCAGGUGGUCCUUGCGCCUCUGAACCAGCCCACUUUGACCUUAGUGGAAAAGCCAUUGGUGCCUUAGCCAGACAUGGCCAAGCCGAUCAACUUCGAGCUGCUGGUGUUCUACGUGUUGUUUACAGACGUGUUCCGUGUUCAUAUAGAGAGAGUUCAUAUAGUUGGUCUACGAUAGCUCUCCAUAUUGACGCUGGGGCAAAUCCAUACUACAUUGCAUUUGUUGUGGAGUACGAAAAUGGCGACGGAGAUUUGGCCUCCGUUGAGAUUCAACCGGCCGGUGGAAGUUUUAUCCCUAUGCAAGAAAUGAGGUCCGCCGUGUGGAAGUUAAACUCCGGCAGCGCUCUGAUAGGCCCGUUCAACAUUAGACUUACUUCUGGCGAGACUGGUAACGUAAUUGUCGCUCAGACUGUUAUUCCAGUGAAUUGGAGAGCUGAUGAGACUUAUCGAUCGAUCGUCAACUUUUAAAGUUUUUUACUUUUUAGAGUUAUUUUUUCCUUUUGUUCUCAUUCAUUGUUCUCGCUAGUAUCCAUAUCAGCGCCCAUCUUAUUUAUUUGAUUAUUAUGUUCUUUAUCAAAUAAUGGUCUUGCAAUACGAUUUUUUUUUUUUUGGCAGUUAGUUCAUCAAGAGAAUUGGUUCUAAAAUUUGUUUAUCUAUCAAUAAGAUCAUCAAUAAAGAAAGCCAUGAAAACAAAUCAAGAAGAAUAUUGCUACUAAUAAAAAUGUCCAUUUUUGCGCAUACCUCAGAUUUUUGCAAUAACUAGUAAUUAGGGGGGAUGAGGUUAUUGGGAGAUAAAUUUGUGUAGAGUUUAUAAAUUUUAAUAGAUUUUCAAAUUAAUGUGGAUUAGGAAAAUAUAUACACAUUGACUUACGAAAUAUGAUCAUAAUUUUUCUAGAUUUCUACUUCAUGAAUUUUUUUUUUAUAAUUCAUUUUGUAAAUUAAAUAUAUGGUUGAGAUAUUUAAAAUAUAUUGUUUAGGAUUUUAAAAAUAAUUGGGGGGGGGGGAGAUUACUGGGAGAUAAAUUUUUGUAGAGUUUAUAAAUUUUAAUAGAUUUUCAAAUUUAUAUGGAUUAGGAAAAUAUAUACACACAUUGACUUACGAAAUUUGAUUAUAACUUUUCUAGAUUUCUACUUCAUGAAUUUAUAUUAUUUAUUUUUCAAAUUCAUUUUGUAAAUUAAAUAUAUGGUUGAGAAAUUUAAAAUAUAUUUUUUAGGAUUUUAAAAAUAAUUAGGGUGGGGGGGAGAGGUUAUUGGGAGAUAAAUUUGUGUAUAGUUUAUAAAUUUAAGGGCUAAUUGGCUCAGUAGCCACAUUUCGGUGAUAAGUCAAGAAAAUGGACAAGAUUUUGACAUAAUGCAGUCGUUCGCUUUUUACCUUCUUUUCUGUCGGUUAUGUCGUUAUACAUAACAAGUUACCGGUUCCAACUCAUAGAAAAAACGACGUGGUGAUUUUGUGUCCCAUAAUAUCAAUGAGACACUUUAGGAAGCGCGUGGGUAAAUCAUAUUCAAAAUCAAAGGAAGAAAUAGAUGGAGAGAGACGAAUUGAUGAAAAGCUUAAAUGUGAAAGAAACAACGUUGUUUAACGGAGAAUGCAAGAAUGUAGUUCCAUACUAUAUAUUGUAGAUAGAAUAAUAUAAGUACAAAUAUAUGGGAGACGUUUCCAUUCCACAUGACUAACGUAGAAUAGAACCGUGUUUGUAAUUUAUGAGUGAUUGAUUUCCACCAAUGUGAAAGAAACAACGUUGUUUAACGGAGAAUGCAAGAAUGUAGUUCCAUACUAUAUAUUGUAGAUAGAAUAAUAUAAGUACAAAUAUAUGGGAGACAUUUCCAUUCCACAUGACUAACGUAGAAUAGAACCCUGUUUGUAAUUUAAUAUAAUCACGAACAAAGACGGUUGAGUGGGCGGUUGGAGGAAGCCACGUAAACAGGUAGAGUUAAUAAAGAUAUUUUUACUGUAUGGAAUUAAACAAGUGGUGUAAAUUAGUAGUUGUAUCAAUAAAUGUUGUAUUCCAUCUACUUAUCAGUGUAAGUCCAUCUGAAGAACCUCAUAAAAUUUAAAAUUAAGGGAGAUGGUAAGAGAACACAUGAAAGUCAACAGUAAACCCAACUUAGAAAAAUAUAAACCCCAAUCACAGUACUAGAUAUGUGUUGUAGUGUUACGUACACAUUUGCACCGUCCAUUACGAGGACAGUUAAUUUCCUAUAGACACAUUCCUUUUUAAAAUGCUAUGCUAGUUAUAUUACAUCCACAACUGGGAAACAUGUAAUACAAAGCUAAGAGGAACGAGUAUACAUCAUUUGGAAGUAAACACUAAAUCCAAGUUAGAGAAAUAUAAACCCCAAUCCAUUGGCAAAUCAACCCCAAAUUCGUUGGCAAUAGGAAACGUAGGGAGAAGCUCAUGUACAAUUUUCUAUUCCAUAUAAUAUAAACUAUGUUAUUUUCUAUUUUUCAUAUUCUAUAUAGGAGUAUUUUACAUACAAUAUAAAUCUAAUGGGGAUGGUAAGAGAACAUUUGAAAUUAAACACUGAACCCCACAAGAAAACAUAAAACACAAUCCAUUACUAGAUAUGUGGUAUAUUGUUACGUACAUAUUUGCCUUAUUCAUAAUUUCAAUGCUGCUUUUGCCAUAGUUCAGCAAGGAUGGAGCAAUAUGAAAUACAAAUGUAAUGGGAAUGGUAAGAUAACAUGUGAAAGAAAAAACUAAACCUAAAGUAGAGAAAUAUAAACCCUAAUCCAUUGGCAAUCCAACUAUUGGGACACUUAAACCCACCUACCAUUGGGUUCACAGCCUUUUCUUGCCAGUGGGUUCGCAACCUGUCUCAAACAAUCUACUUGGAAACUCAAACUCAUCCAUACCUAACCUGAAGAACAAAAAGUAAGAGUCUCAAAGAGUGAAGAUGGUUCACAAUGUAAUAUGCAAUAUAGAAAUCAAUAAUGAGGUAAAGUGAGUAAGAACCGGCAACCGAGUGGAACAGUAUAUCAUGUGAACGUACCAUUCCAUGUGGAAUGGAAUAUGAUGAACCGAAUACUAUUGCACUUAAUAUGAGACGCAUCAGGCAAAGUAUAUAGAUACGGUAAUAGACUUAACAUAUAUGUGUUGCAUAUUGCAUUCCACAAAAUAGUCGAUAUUUCUACACCAUGAACUAUGGAUAACAGAGACAGAAACUCCAAAUGAAGCAUAAAGUAGAUUAACAACAUCAGACUAAAGCACCUCCGAACGCAAAGUGAAACAAAUCAAACAUUAUCACAAGCGAUACUAUCCUACAUGGAAUGGUUGAAUUGGAUACGAAUACUAUAACAUUCAAAAUAGAAACAGAUCUAAAAUUUCAUACUACGUGUACUGACGUACCAAAUCUCAGCAAUCAUAUUCUACACAUCUUCGUAUAGAUUACUACACCAGAUAGAUUGCAUCAUCGACAUGAAACAAUUCAAAUUUAAGAAACCCUCAUACAACCCGAGAAAACUCGAACCCUAUAUCGAUUUGAUAAAGUCCGAUAUGCUGCACCAGAAUUCUGUAACCGGAACAAUUGUUGGUUUACAACAGAAACGAUGAUACAAACUUAACAAUUAAAAACCCUAAUUUUGCCAAGAUCUAAAAUAAAAUAUGAGAAACAAAGACGAAGCAGAAAGGGAAAGAACUUACGGCGUUGUCAAAGAUCUGAGAAACCCGAUACUCUGUCAAGUUGGAGAUGCCGGCGGUGUUACUCCCCUCCGCCGAGACCGUCGCGCAAAACCAAACCACCGACGCCCGUAGAGCCCAAGCCGAUUAGAAGAGAAAACGACGGAGAUGAAAACUUGAGUGCAGUGAGAGACGAGCCGUAGGAGGAGAUAAGCAGCAAAGUGUUUUAGAAUUCCAGAAACACCCGAUGAAGAAAGUGAGAAUGAGAGGUUGUGUGGAAAGGGAGAAGACACGAGUAACUUUGAGCAGUAAAGUUUUUUUUUUUAUUUAUUUAUGAGGUAGCAGGUUAGCCGGUUAAUUAGAAAGGGUAUCAUAGUAUUAUUAUGUAUAUAUGACGCCGUCUAUAUAUAUGUUAGGUAAAAGCACCAGUGUGUGAAUUACCUUUUUUUUUUCAGGUCUAUAGCCCCCAAUUUCCCUAAAUUUAAUAUGUGUAAAAUAAACUAAUUACUUGAACCAAACUCCCAAAAGGCGACGGCGACAAAAAUGCGAAAUUAGGGUUUGGAUGAUUGAUCGCGAUUGGGAACCGGGUGCUCAGCGGUUGUUAAAGAUUCAAGGGAGAUUAUAUGGAAUCGGUAAAUCUCAGGGGAUCUGCGGAACAGAAGUUUGGUAAUGGUGUUUGCAAAGAGACUCUAUGGAAACUGGUUUGGGACGGAGAUAUGAUUGAGAUCUAUCGGAAAUUAGGAGCAGAGAGGAGCCACGCAAAGAAGGUGAGUGUUUAUACUUGGUGGGAGUGAUAGGGGGAGGUUACAACAGGAGGUGGAGAAGUCUCUGAAACCAAUUACCCCGACCGGACCUGCGCAGGCAACAUCCCAACUUCCCGGUGAUCAUGAUCAGGUAACGCCAAAUCUUGAAGUGAUGGAAAAUGGAUUGGAUCUAGUUAGUCAGUAUCUGGAAGAUGGAACUAAUGCUAUAGACAAGGAUAAGAUCAAUGAGGAUUUAGAAUGGUCUAAGGAGAAAGGAAUCGAAUCACACUGGGAUGGAGACAGAUGCGGUGUUGGAGCUUGCUGAGGAGUUCCAAACCCUCACAGACGGAGAAGGAAAGGACAUGGGGCAGGUUGAGGCAACAGAAGAAGAAGACUGGACUGCGUAAACCAUUGUUCUCAGUUGCAGGUGGAAGUAACUCGAAGUUUGUUCAAGUUCUCAUGUCACCCCGCAACGGAGGAGGCGCUAGGCCAGUGGAAGAAAAGGGUCCCUCAUACCCCAGUUACCUAAACCUUAAGAUUUUAUGCUAUGGGGAUGGGAGGGUUUUUUUAGUUCUUUUCUUUUUGUUGUUUCAAUAAGCUCUAUGAGCAUCUUAAGUUUUAUAUUAUGGUCUUGUUGGUUUUUGGAAAUUUUUCCAAUUUGGUGUGGCAAGUUUGUUUCUUGGAAUUUAUGGAAUAAAAAUGGAUGUUUUGGUUAUUGGA